AUGCGCGCCUUCCAUACCGCCAUUCUCUCCACGCUCUUCGUGGCAAUGUCGCAUAAAGUCCAGUCUCAAGACUGUGAUCUCGUCGAUCAGCAAGCUUGCUGCUACGUCGAAGCUGAUAGCGGUAGCGACACGUCCUAUUGCUGCAACGGGUCUAUCGUGGGCAACCCAGGCAGCUCCAACGCAUCGGCUCUCAACGACCUCACUUGCUGUCAAGACGACGGUCGCACGGGCAUCAGUGUCGGCUUCGACAUUACCACGUGCAAAGCUGGUUCUGCCACACCUCUGACCGCCAAAGGAACUGCGGCAAGCACUGUUGCAGACGUCAUCAAGAGUAUCAGCGCUUCGAGAAGUGCUAGCAGAGAGUCAUUGUAUAGCUCGGCUUCGGUCUCAAGAGCAAGUGCUGCUGCUGCCUCGGCUUCGAUGACAAGCACUGGGGAACCUGGUACCUUGAGCUCGUCGAGUGGGUCGACCGGAUCAUCUUCUAGCAGCGUAUCGAGGUCCCAGUCUGGUUCAUCUUCCUCGGCUAUCGCAGCUGGUACGACUUCUUCAUCUGGUUCUGCAGCAGCUGUGACUUCCUCUCCAACAAGCACCGGUGGUGUUGCCAUGAUGACCAUGGACGUCUUGAAUGCUGCGAUGGCUGGUGGACUCGCCCUUUGCGCAGCUGUGCUGUAG